AUGUCUAUUCGUUGUAUUCAUGAGUGUGGAAAGCAUCCACGUAAAGAUUACGUCGACGUUUACUCAUUAGUAAUGAAACCAAUAGUUAAGAGCUCUAAAGGACUUGGUUUCAAUGAUUCGUCAGAAAAUGAUGUUAAUCUGACCAAUCUGAUGGAUUCCAAACGUGUCUUAGCGGAUUUUAACAUCUGGAAUAAGAAAUGGGAGCAAUAUGUUAGAUUCACACGUGAUUACCCAUUUGGCUGGCCGUCUUUUGAUUGCAUAUUGCCAGAAAAUGAGACUGUCGUUGAAGAUGUUCAUCGUCUUUCACCAUGGCAUAUUUCCGUCAUCGGUGCAAUUGGAGACUCUUUGACAGCUGGUCGUGCUGCUGGAGCGAAGAAUAUCGAAGACCUUCGUCUGGACUAUCAAGAAUUGUCAUUUGCAACUGGACACCAUAAAAAUCUCACAAAACAAGUCACGUUAGCGAACAUCUUUUCGUAUUUCUCACCACGUCUUGUCGGGUACAGUAAACGAGCGUCAUCCCCAGACGAUGUCUGUACGGUCGGCUUUAAUGUGGCUAAAUCUGGCGCGUAUUCUAGUGAUUUGCUAAGGCAGGCAAAUGAACUAGUCAAUAGAAUUGCAUCUGAUCCGAGAGUGGAUUUUAGCAAGGAUUGGAAAUUUAUAAAUGUCUUUAUUGGAACAAAUGAUUUGUGCAAAAUUUGUCUUAAUCAAACAAAAUUUGGUGCUAGACAAUAUGCUGAGAAUAUGCAGAAGGCAAUGCUAUACUUGAGGGAUAAUCUACCUCGAUCUUAUGUAAAUAUCCUGCCGCCUCUGAAUAUCGAUGCCCUUCAGGAAAUCGAAAGCGAUAACCCAUUUUGUGCUGAUGUGCAUCGAUCCAGUUGUCCAUGCCGCUUUCAACAAUCAAGCGAGGAAAUCGCAAUGUCUAAACGAUCCUUCGAAGAACAACUCGGGAUCUUUUCAUCAAAAGAAUAUCAAACGAACAGUUUUGCAGUUGGGAUAUCUCAUGCUUUAAAUAUUGCUGAAGUGCCAAAGUUGGGAAAAUCGGUGAAUCUUGCUUACGUUGCUCUCGAUUGUUUCCAUUUCUCCGAAAUCGCUCACGACUUAGCUGCAAAAGUUUUAUGGAGUGAUUUGUUCAAGCCGAUUUCACGUGGCGGUUCUGUUGAUUUGACCAAGUUCCCACCACAACACUGGUCCUGUCCACCUGAAGUAUUUUUUACGGACUGUCCUUAUCUCAAAACUGCUUUGAAUUCUGAGAAUUGCUCUGUUCAAGCGAGUCAGCGGUCUCUAUUGUUAUCACAAGAAAAUGAAGUCGAAUAUGAUGGAACGGUUGGUAUUUCUUAA